UACGACACGGAGAAGGACAGUGACGGGCGCGGGCACCGGGACAGUUCGCUGUGGCGGUGCUCAGCGGUGUCCUCACGCGGCGAUGUGCACCAGCGCGCUCUCGGCCGUGUGGGAGGCGAGCGCGCCACCGAGGCUACGCUUUGGACGAUGAAAAAUGAGGCUUGUUUUCUUUGUUUUAUUACUGGCGGUGAACUACCGCGAAGACUGCGGAUUACAGUUUACCAAGAGCCCCACCAACCAAACGGUAACCCAGGGCAACUCGAUCCGCCUGGGUUGUGCUGUGGAAGGUCUCAGUGAGCCAGAUGUAGUGUGGAUGAAAGACGGUGAGAAACUCUACAGCACAGACCAGAUGUACAUAACCCUCGAGCAGAAUCACUGGGAGACUUUCCACAGUGUGAAAUCAGUUCAGCAGCAGGAUGCAGGGAAGUACUGGUGUGAGGCAGAGUUCCGUGGCAUUGCCAUCUCCUCUGAACCGGCUUGGAUCACAGUAGAAGGUGUCCCCCAUUUCGUGUUGGAGCCCCAGGAUGUGGCCACUUUCCCUGGAGUGCCCUUUAACCUUAGCUGUGCUGCUGUGGGGCCCCCGGAGCCGGUUGAAGUGCUUUGGUGGCUUAGGGGGGUGCAGGAAGGAAAGCCCACAUCCUCCCCUUCAGUCCUUUCUGUUCCAGGAAUCACCAGCAGCAUCAAGUUCUAUUGUGAGGCGAAGAAUGCCAGAGGUAUUUCUGUGUCACGUACAGGCACCGUGCACAUCAAAGUUCUUCCGGAGGCCCCAAAGAUGAUCCAGGUGGUACAGGUGCAAGAAAAUAAUGUGACUCUCGCCUGGACUCCUGGCUUCACAGGUUAUUCCGAUUUGCAGGACUGCACCAUACAGAUGUCUAAGAAUUCUGGGAAGAGACUGGAGCUGCCAGAACACCGCGUGAUGGUUCCACCCUUCCAGCAAGUCAUUGGAGGGCUGAGGUGCUACUCAAACUACAGUGUACGAAUCUGCUGCAGCAAUGAAGUGGGGACUUCUCCUUUCUCCAGCUGGGUUGAUUUCCAGACCCCAGAAGCAGUGCCCUCAGCUGCCCCUCGUAAUCUUACCUUUGACCUGUCAGAGCAACAGCUCUCACUGAACUGGGCUGCACUAGAAGAGAGUGAGUUGCAUGGCCGACUACAAGCCUACAAAGUGCAGUGGAAUCUGGGAGGAGAGAAUCAGGAGGCACUGCUCUUUAAGGAGAACAAGGCCCAUCUGUCAGGUGGAGGGCGCUUCUUCAAUGCAACAUUCCAGGUGUCAGCCUGCACAGCAGUGGGCUGUGGGCCCUGGAGUCAGCCUGUCCUGGUGAUGCCCGCAGCUACUGUAUCCUCCCAGGGACAGAGGAGCCAUAUAUGGGUGGGGCUGCUCCUAGGCCUGCUGGUAGCCGCAAUGGUUGGAGUGCUCCUCACUGUGCUGGUGCAUCACAGGGGAAAGGAGACACAGUAUGGGUCAGCAUUUGAACCAUCAGGAGCAGAAACAAGAGUUUCCUUCACAGCAGCCAGAUCUUUCAACCGGCAGGGGCCAGCGCUCCCAGAAUCCACCUUGGACACCCUGGGUAUCAGUGAUGAAUUGAGGGCUAAGCUGCAGGAUGUCUUGAUCCCAGAAAAGAUGCUUACUCUGGGACACAUGUUGGGGAAAGGUGAGUUUGGAUCAGUGCGGGAGGCAUUCUUGAAGAUGGAGGACAACUCAGUGCAGAAAGUAGCAGUGAAGGUGCUCAAAACUGACAUUACCACUUCAAGUGAUAUUGAGCAGUGUUUAAAAGAGGCUGCCUAUAUGAAGGACUUCCACCACCCCAAUGUCAUCCAACUCAUUGGAGUAAGUCUGCACAGACGCCCACAGCAGCGCCUGCCCGUUCCUAUGGUGAUUCUCCCUUUCAUGAAACAUGGGGACUUGCACACCUUCCUGUUGAUGUCGCGCCUUGGAGAUGAACCCUUUGUUCUGUCUCUGCAUACCCUGAUUCAAUUCAUGCUCGACAUUGCUCGGGGUAUGGAGUACCUCGGCAGGAAGAACAUUAUCCACAGGGACCUGGCUGCACGUAACUGCAUGUUGAAUGGAAAUAUGACGGUCUGUGUGGCAGACUUUGGCCUAUCCAAAAAGAUCUACAGUGGGGAUUACUACCGGCAGGGCUCUGUGUCCAAGUUGCCUGUUAAAUGGAUUGCCCUGGAGAGUCUGGCUGACAAUGUCUACACCACACAGAGUGAUGUGUGGGCAUUUGGAGUGACCAUGUGGGAGGUUAUGGCCCGGGGACAGACGCCAUACCCUGGAGUGGAAAACGCAGAGAUCUAUGAGCACCUGAUCAAGGGAGAGCGACUCAAGCAACCCCCUGACUGUCCAGCUGACAUAUAUGAGAUCAUGCACAGCUGCUGGAGCCCUGUACCCAAGUGCCGUCCAAGCUUCCAACAGCUCAUUGACCAGUUGGAGAGUGCGUGGGCAGGGCUUUCACCAGGGCCUGAUCAAGAACCUCUGCUUUAUGUGAACCUUGAGGGAGAUGGUGAUGAGAAAGGGGCAGGACAAGCAGCAGGGUCAUUGAACCCAGAGGAGCCGCAGUGGAGCGUACCUUGGCAGUGCGUUGGCAUGGAGAAAGAUGAGAAGGACUGGCUUAUGGUGACCUCAGGGGCGACCCUUGCCAUUAGUGGGGAUUACCGCUAUAUCAUUGGGCCCAGUAGUACUGCAGAGGAAGAAGGCAACCCAGCUGGUAUCUCUGGGGAAAACAUUCAGGAGGAUGUCAAGGAAGAAGAUGAUGAUGUGGUCAUUGACGUGUGAGGACAUGUGACAUCCCACACCCUCCACCCAACAACUGCUCUGCUACUGUACAGAAAGCGGAAGGGUGCGCUUCACAAUGCACCUCAAGUUGAGGAAGCAACAGAACAACCAGCCAACCUGAAUCUAUGAUUAGCAUAGGAGAAAUGGGCCAGAAUUGUAUAACUUUGUGUAUUUCGGUUGCCUUUGGAGACUGCAGACUUUAAAACCUUAGACACAAUCAGUACUAAUGUAACAAGAGUAUGGUAGUGCAGAGUAUGCAAUAUAACAAGGCUGCUAACUGCUGUUGAUUUUACAAUAUCUCCUAGGUUUGUCAUUUUCUAAAGAGAGUAUGGUAGUGCAGAGUACACAAUAUAACAAGGCUGCUAACUGCUGUUGAUUUUACAAUAUCUCCUAGGUUUGUCAUUUUCAGUGUUUGUUAUCAAGAAUAGGGACAGUAACAAGCUAAGUUGCAAUUUGGUUUUGAUUUACUUCCUUCUUCAGAUGUAAAUCAGUUGGUUUGAUUAAGUUGCACAUUCCUAUAACUUCUAUCAUAAGCCAUAGUAACUUGCUUUUUUGGUGAGACACUGACAGACUUCCAACUUGGUUCAGGUUGCUUCGCAAGCAAAGAACUUUUUAAAUCUUUAACAACAAGCAUGCGUAUGAGGUGCAGUGUGCUCCGGCUGGUUUGUCAGCUAUGACCUGUGCAUAGUUUAUAUUUCCUCAGUUCCUCUUUUUUGCUUCACAGAAAUUCUAUGAAAACAUAGUUGAUAUCAUUACUUACUUUUGGGUAGAUGCACAAUCAUGUGAAGGUGAAUGGGCACCGGAGUGCAUUAACAGUAAAUCCAUGAUUUAUCAACUUUACAUAGAGUUGAGUUAUUUUGGCAGAUUUUACAUAGAUAAACAAUGUGUACAUAUGAAAAUCUUCUUUCAUGUUUCACAAAGUAAAUAGAAGUGUUUGCAGAGCAAAUUAAUAAAUGUGUAAUACUCUUAAUCAUUCAGUUUAAAACUCAUUAACUCAAAUUCACAAGUACGCGGUUUUAUUCAAACACUUCUGGAAGGUUUCAAGGGAAGUAAUGUUGGUGAAUGUCUGCUGGAUUGUGUCACUUUAAUUUGUCCUGUAUAUUGUGUGUGGGUAUACUGCAUAAAUUAUGGUCCCUUUUUACCAAUUAUGUACUACAUAAUUUUGAAUUUAAACUGUGUAGAUGCUGAGCCAAUAAGCACAGUAAAAUAUUUCAAAUGAACACUCUGACAGGGUGGAAGCGCUUACGCCAGGUGUUACCAACUGCUGCACCAAAUCACCCAGUGAAUUACGUCUGUACAAUAACCAGUUAAAAUGAGACCCAGUGUCAUCACUGCCUGCAUGUCUGCACUGUUCUUGAAAUUUCAUCAGGUAGUACUGCACAUCCUGUCACUUACACUUUCUGACCCCCUUGUCCCAUAUGGGGGUCGUGGGGAACUGGAGCAUAACCCAGCAACACAUGGCGUAAGGCUGGAGGGGGAGGGGAUGCACCCAGG